AUGUCCAACCACUCUUCAGGGUGUUUUACUUCAUUUUUCAGGUGCUGCAAAUCCAAGUCGCAUAGAAAUGCUAUAAGUGCUGAUAAUCAUGCAUCUUUACACAAUUCUCAAGAGAUAAUCAGCCAAAAUCCCAGUAUUCAAACCACUCACUCCUUGCCCCAAAACUUGCGGGCUUCCACACAAAGCUUACUCCCCCCCCCCCCCCCGUGAGCGAACAAAAAAAUUUUGUUCGCUCACGGAGGGGGGUUAAUUUUUUUUUUUAAAAAAAAUUUAUAUAUAAAUUUUUAUAAAAAAUUUUUUUUUUCGAAAUUUAAAAAAAUCCUAUUUGCAAAAAUUGGGAAGCAAAUAUUAAUUUAAUUUGCAAAAUUUAUGUUUUAAAACGCAAUUUGUUUAAAAUUAAACAGAAUUAGCUCUAGAUUUCAUUAUACUAAUUAUCACUUAUAUAUCAAAAUUUUUUUCCAUUAAAAUUUUUUCUAUUAAAAAAAUUUUUGUUCACUCACGGAGGGUGGGUUUUUGUCAAAAAAUGGCGAUUUUUCUAAUGGUUUUGUUCGCUCACGGAGGGGGGGGGGGGGGGAGUUAGCUGAUCUCAAUAAGCCAGCAUCACACAUGCCAAGCAUUGCUAUUAAGAAAGGCGAUGCAUUUGAACCACAAGCUUUAGAUCGCAGUGGGAUAAUUUCGAAAAAUAACUGAAUGAGAACUUUCGAUCUCAGAUCGUCGGUAAGCUCUUUACCUUCCGAUUUCAACGAAUCUAUACAUGAAAGUGCAAAUAACACAAAUUUAUUAUCAACACAGACGUUUAGACAGAUUUUUAAUUCUACCGAAGAAAUAUCUUGGAGAAAAACUUUUUCGAAAAUAAACCCUUUACCGAACCCUUUUGUAUUUGAUACAAAAUUGCUGAAGCCAAAAUUAGUUCCAAUAACACCUGCACACUUCUCGAGAAGAAGGACAGUUGCUGUAAAAGACAGAGGAAGCACUCAAGAAAGAAGCACUAAGCUGAGAAGAUCGACACUUAAAACUACACAAAGCAAAGAUAUUCUAAAAGUGAAUAGACGAUAUGCGCCGUCGAAGACGUGGACAUUUGCCCUAGAAGCACCUUGGAGAUCAAAGCGAGUCUGUCCCCAGCGGACUGGUGGGCCCGAUGCGACGAAAGGCGAGUGAUAAACCUGGGUCGUAACCCCGUAGUGGACAUUAAGCGAUAUAAAUACCAUAAGAUAAGAUAAGAAUAGACGAUAUGCAAAUAUCAAAGAAAAUGACGAAAAUCUGUGCGAGAAGUUUGAAAAUAGCAACCAAGCAAUUGAAAAGAUUCAUAUAUAA